UGUUACUCCAUAUUUACUGCCCCUCUUCCAAGUAACCCCAAAUUCUCUCACAAAACAAUCUAAUUUCUCCUCAUUUUUUUUGGCUGUGUUUGUAUCCCUCCACUUCGAUUCCAAUUCUCUGCAACCAUGGUGCUCGAGGCUACGAUGAUUUGCAUUGACAAUUCGGAGUGGAUGCGUAACGGCGACUACUCCCCCACUCGCUUCGACGCUCAAAAGGACGCUGUUAGCUUAAUUUCUGGAGCAAAGACUCAGGCAAAUCCAGAGAAUACAGUAGGAGUGCUGACAAUGGCUGGAAAGGGGGUUCGUGUCUUGGUCACUCCAACCAGUGAUCUUGGCAAGAUCUUGGCCUGUGCACACGGUAUGGAAGUAGGUGGUGAGAUGAACUUAGCAGCUGGGAUCCAAGUUGCACAGUUGGCCCUCAAACAUCGCCAAAAUAAGAAGCAGCAGCAAAGGAUCAUCGUGUUUGUGGGAAGUCCUGUUACAUAUGACAAGAAGGCGUUGGAGUUGAUUGGAAGAAAAUUGAAAAAGAAUAGUGUAGCUCUUGAUAUUGUAAACUUUGGUGAAGAAGAUGAAGAGAAGACAGAAAAGCUUGAGGCAUUACUUGCUGCUGUAAAUAACAACGAUAGCAGUCAUAUUGUACAUGUUCCUCCUGGUCCCAGUGCUCUUUCAGAUGUGCUUAUCAGCACCCCAAUAUUUACAGGUGAUGGAGAAGGAUCAAGUGGCUAUGUUGCAGCUGCUGCUGGUGGCGGGUUAGGGUUUGAAUUUGGCGUGGAUCCAAACUUGGAUCCUGAACUUGCUCUUGCACUUAGAGUAUCAAUGGAAGAGGAGAGAGCAAGACAAGAAGCAGCUGCAAAGAAGGCUGCAGAGGAAGCUGCAACAGGGGAAAAAGGCGAGCAAUCUACUUCACAGGAUGUAACCAUGACCGAGAAUGUGAACCCUGGAACAACUGAACCUGAAAAGAAGACCCAUGAUCUGACGGACGAUGAGAAUGCAUUGUUACAGCAAGCCCUAGCUAUGUCAAUGGACGAUUCUUCUUCCACGGUUGCUGUGAGGGAUACUGACAUGUCUGAUGCAUCUGCUGAUGACCAUGAUUUACAACUUGCUCUUCAAUUGUCUGUGCAAGAUAGUCAGGGUGAUCAAUCAAACCCAAAUGAUGUGAAUACGAUAUUUCCAGAUCAAUCCUAUAUGUCCUCCAUGCUGGCUCAACUCCCAGGAGUUGAUCCAAAUGACCCUGCCAUCAAAGAUUUGCUUGCUUCCAUCCAGAAUCAGUCUGAGAAGAAGGAAGAAGACAAAGAACCAAAAGAAGAGGAAAAGAAGUGAACGUGCUUUUAAUUCAUUGGCUAUCACUGUCAGGUCAAGGGUAUCGCUUAUGAACAAAGUGAUGACAAGUGUUCGAGUUGGCACUAAGGAUGGGAUGAUAAUUGUUGUCAGUCAAGAGGAAUUUGCCAUGAAAGACUACAUCUUAUGAACUGAUGAUCUAGCAUUACUUAGUGAAUUUGGAUGUCAAAAUUGUUGCAUUUUAUUUCAGGUAGUAUUGGUGGAUGGAUAUCCAUCCAUGGCUUACUCAAAUUUUCUUAUCCGGAACUAUUUUCUUCUGUC